AUGGAUAAACUUUCAAAACAAGCUGUUGAAGAAUUUUGUAAAGAAAUUGAGCUUCUUGCAAGACUUCAUCAUCGACAUCUUGUUUCCUUAAAAGGAUUUUGCAUUGAAAAACAUGAAAGGUUUCUUAUGUAUGAAUAUAUGGCAAAUGGGAGCUUAAAGGAUCAUCUUCAUACUCCAGGUGUCCCUUCGCUGAGCUCGCAGACAAGAAUUCAAAUCGCAAUCGAUGAAUACCUCCAUUUCUACUGUGAUCCUCCUUUGUGCCAUAGAGACAUAAAGUCUAGCAAUAUAUUACGUGAUGAGAAUUUUGUAGGAAAGGUGGCAAAUUUUGGGCUUGCAUAUGCUUCUAAAGAUGGAUCCAUUUGUUUUGAACCAGUCAACACAGAGAUCAAAGGAACUCCUGGUUAG